CUCAUCGUUUCGCUCCAUUCGUUCCAUCACUGCGACUGCGACGGCGACGGCCUUGACGACAGCUUACGACCACUGAAAUCGACGACUACCCAACUACUCCAUUCAGAUCAUUCCUUAGGGCCUCGGUAGAGUGCCGCCACUGCCGUCACCAUGCCACGAUUCGACGAGUCUAUGCACCUGCCGACUCGGCCAGUCGACCGAGAAAAGGCAGAGAGGGAGCUCAAUGACAACAUCAAGAAGGCCACGAACGCAGACGAGACGGCUCCCAAGCAGAAGCACGUUAGGAAAUGUAUGGUCUACACCUGGGACUACCAUAGCUCUCAAUCAGUCUGGACUGGCCUGCGUGUCCUCCCCAUCCUCAACGAUGAAGUGCAGACUUUCAAGGCGCUUAUCCUCGUCCACAAGGUACUGCAAGAGGGCCACCCAAUCGUGCUGCGCGAGGCUCAGGCUCAGAUGGGUUGGUUUGAGACUUGCGCUCGUACAGUAGGAGGAGACAGUAUGAAGGGCUAUGCGCCGCUGAUUAGGGCGUACGUACAAUUCAUCCUGGCGAAGCUGCGCUUCCAUCGUCACCACAAGGAGUUCAAUGGGUUGUUCGAAUACGAAGAGUACAUCUCACUCAAGAACAUUGACAAUCCUGAUGAGGGAUACGAGACAAUCAUGGACCUCAUGAACCUCCAAGAUGGCAUCGAGCAGUUCCAGAAGCUCGUCUUCGCUCACUUUCGUGGAUCUGGCCACAAUGAAUGCCGUAUCUCGGCGCUUGUGCCGCUAGUCAAGGAGUCGUACGGCAUCUACAAGUUCCUUACCUCGAUGCUGCGAGCCAUGCAUCGCCGUACAGAUGCAAUGGACGCCCUCGAGCCUCUGCGUGGCCGCUACAAUGCCCAACACCACUCCUUGCGCCGCUUCUACUACGAGUGCGCCAACCUUAAGUUCCUCACCAGCCUCAUCAACGUCCCCAAGCUCAACCAUGACGCCCCGAACCUCUUCGACUCGCGAGACGAGCCUUCCCUCCCGCCUCGCAAGGCCAGCCCGAAGCCGCCAACCCCGCCGAGCGGCCCGUCCCAGUCUGAGAUUGAUGAGCAGGCUCGCAUGCUGAAGGAAUACGAGGACAAGCAGAAGGCACUCAAGGAUGCCGAGGAGGCAGAGAAGCGCAGGCAGGCCGAGCUGCAAGCGAAACAGCAGCGGGACUUCGAAGAGCAGCAACGCCUUCAGGCAGAGCAGCAGCGUCUGGCACAGGAGCAGCUCAUGCGCUCUCAGAUGGACCAGAUGGCUUCCGGGCGAGUAGCAGAGCUGGAGCGCGAGAUUUUGGCAAUGCGCGGGCAGUAUGAGCGGGACCAACUUAUGCUCGAGCAGUAUGACCGCCGAGUCAAGGCGCUGGAGAUGGAGUUGGCAACGAUUGGGCAGAACGUCAAUGCCCAGCUGGCAAGCAAGGACGACAUGCUCCGCCAGCUGCAGGACCAGGUUCAGCUCUGGCGCAACAAGUACGAGGCCCUCGCCAAACUCUACUCGCAGCUGCGUACUGAGCAUUUGGAGAUGCUGGCCAAGUACAAGCAGAUGCAGCUCAAGGCCGGCUCGGCGCAGGAGGCCAUCGACAAGAUGGAGCGAAUGGAGCGCGACGUCAAGGCCAAGAACCUUGAGCUGGCUGACAUGAUUCGCGAGCGAGAUCGCGCCCGCUUCGAUCUGGACAGGAUCAAGGCGAGCCAGAAGGAGGAGUUUGAGCGUCUCAAGCGCGACCUCAUGUUCGCCAACGAGCGUGCAGAGGAUGCUACCCGCGCCAAGAGCUCCGAGGUCUCAUCCAUGAUGGCCACGCUGAAUCGCCAGAUUGCAGAGCUGGAGGACGAGCUCAGCAGCAAGCGCGGCAAUACGGAUGACCUGCUCAGCCAGCUACAGGCAAAGGACGAUGAGAUUGCACGUCUGCGAGAGGAGAAGGAUGCGGAGAUCAUGAUCAUGCAAGAGGGGAUGGACGCCACCAUCAAACAGAUGAACGACAUGACCCUCGGCCAGACGGACAAUGAUGCUGCGGUCAAUGCGCAGAUUGACACUUUGAUUUUGGACAACACCAAGAAGCUCAACGCUAUCAUUGAUUCGAUCCUGCAAGCCUGCGUGGAGAAGGUGGACGAUGCCAUCUACGAGUUGGAAUCUCCUUCUUCCUCCGGCAACAACACCGCCACGCCCGAGUAUGUGCUGUCGAUGAUCGAGAAGGGCAACAACGAUGCGACGGAGUUCGCGUCGACGUUCAGCGCCUACCUUUCUCACGAGACUGGCGGUGAACACGUUGAGGUGAUCAAGAAGGCCAAUCAGCUCGCCCAAACGAUCAGCGAUGUGCUCGUAUCGACAAAGGGCAUCACCCGACUGGCGCAGAGCGACGAUGCGGUCGAAAAGCUGGUGGGGACUGGUCGCACCUCGGGGGAUGCACUGUUGCGCUUCUUCUCCAGCCUGCAGAGCUACCGCCUUGCCUCGGUCACGCCCAACCAGCGUCGUGACGUCGUUGCCCGCCAGGCCAUGACUGCUCGCGAGGCCUUUGGUUCUCUCUCCGACGUGGUCGGCACCAUGGUCAAGAGCGAUGGCGCCCUGGCGAAUGCGAAUGGAGAUAUCGGGGACAUCGUCGAGCGCGAAAUGAUGAACGCGGCCGCCGCCAUCGACAAGGCUACGCAGCAGCUGCAAGCCCUCCUCUCUGCACCCAAGCAGCGCACAGGCGUCGACCUCAAAGUGCACGACGCCAUCCUCGAGGCCUCUCUCGCCAUCACCCGCGCCAUCGCCGGGCUCAUUAAAGCCGCUUCGGACUCGCAGCAGGAGAUUGUCUCCAAGGGUCGUGGGACGUCUACUAACCAGCAGUUCUACAAGAAGAACAACCGAUGGGUCGAGGGACUCGUUUCCGCUGCGCGCGCCUGUGCUUUUGCCACCACGAUGCUCAUCGAGGCGGCCGAUGGCGUGCUGAGUGGGACGCACAGCUACGAGCAGCUCAUCGUGUGCGCCAACGAGGUGUCGGCGAGCGUGGCACAGCUAGUCGCCGCUUCGCGCGUCAAGGCCGAGUUCAUGUCUGCUACCCAGGACAGGUUGGAGAGGGCAGCCAAGGCCGUUACGGAUGCGUGCAAGGCUCUCGUACGUCAGGUUCGAGCCAUCCGUGGUGAGGAGGACAGUAGGGAUGGGUUUGACUACUCUACAUUGGCCGCGCAUGAGUUCAAGGUGCAGGAGAUGGAACAACAGGUCAAGGUCCUCGAGGCCGAGAGGGCUCUUCAGCAGGCGAGGCAGAAGUUGGGCAAGAUGCGUCAGGCCGGAUACCAUGAGGUUGAGUGAUGCGGUAAGGGAUAGUGAGGGGAGGGAGGCAGGAGGAAGAGGAUUGUAUCUAAGUCUUAUCUUUUUGUGCCGCAUGGCAAUGAAGGCUCUUUGCAGACUUGACCGAG